ACGAGAAGUGUCGUAAAAAUGAAGCAGAGUUUAAGGAUAAAAUUGAAAACUUCAUAUUUGACAUUGCAGCCAUGGAUGCCCUAGGUAUAAUGAAAAUGCAGGAAGAUGAAGACUUUCUUUUGCUCCAAAGAAAUAGAGGACGUCCAGGUAGUAUGUAUGGUGCCGAUACUGUACUCACAAGAAAAGAAAAACGCAAAGAGCAACGAAUGGAAGAAGAAAGAAAGCGCGUUGAAAAGCAUUUAGUUCAUACUAAUUAUGCUCUUGAAGUCUCUGAUACCGAUGAUGCUGAAAAGGAUAUUUCAGCUGGCGAAGAAAAUGCAGCAAAAGAUAUGAAUGAAGACGAAGAUACAGACGGAAGUAACAUUAAUUUACUACCGAAAAAGGCAAAUCGAGGAAAAAUUAAUUUUAUUGAUGAUAGAAUGCUUGCGUGCAUGGACAAAUGUAACCUCUCAACAAGAGAUGCCAUGCAUUUGGUGAGUGCAAUGGUUGCUGCCUUCAUAAAUACCAUGCAAAAUGUUAAUGGAACGCCGUCAAUAAAAAUGGAAGAUUUAAUUCUUAAUUGAACAAAAUUACAUUCGAUGAGGAGAGAUUACCGUCGCAGACAAGCUCAAGAGAUUAUUAAUGGAUUCAAUGUAAUGGUUUUACUGAGUAUGUUUAUAAGAUUUUGGAUUCUUGACCUUUAUUUUUACUUGUUUGUAGAUUCCCGACGUUUUUGUCCUUCACUGGGAUGGCAAGCUGCUUGCAGAAAUCCGAGGCACAGAAAAGAAAGAUAGAUUGUCUCUCGUUGUUACAGGAGAAAAUAUGGAAAAACUGCUGGGGAUACCAAAAAUUGAAAGUUCAACGGGAGAUGCAAUAGCUGCAGAAAUACAUAAUUUUUUGUGCAAGUGGAAGCUCGAUGAUUUAGUGGAAAUUGUAUCAUUUGAUACAACAGCUGCUAAUACGGGAGUUAAUAAUGGAGCAGCGUUCUGCUUGAAAAAAGGUUGGGCCGAAAUCUACUUUUCUUUCCCUGUCGUCACCAUGUUAGUGAGUUGCUAGUCAAAGCAGUGUUCGAACUAAAUUUUGGCAAAUCAUCAACACCGGAAGUUCCCUUAUUCAAUCGUUGCUCUAACAGCUGGAAGAACAUUAAUUCUAAGUCAUUCAAAAGUGGAAUAUCGGAAAAUGAAGUUCGGAAAGUCUUUACAAUAGCUGAAGUGGAAAUAUUUAAGAAUUUUUGUCUAACUGCAUUAAAUAGUCUCUUUGUUGGGGAAGACGUACCAAAUUUUUCACAAGUACGGUCACCUGGCGCUACAUCACACGCAAGGUUUAUGUCGAAGUGCCUAUAUUGCUACAAAAUGUUUCUGUUUCACGAGCAAUCCGCAUUAACGACUUCAGAGAUAAAGAGUCUAAGAAGCGUUCUUAUUGUUUUAACCUGCAUCUACGUUCCAUAUUGGUUUCGUUGUGUGGAUCCACUAGCUGCUCCACAAAAUGACCUUAAGCUCAUUCAAGAUGUGAUUGUAUAUUUCGAUAAGAAUGUAUGCAAUGCCUUGUUACAUAAAAUUAAAAAUAAUUUAUGGUAUUUGUCGGAAGAGGCGGUUGGCCUUUCAUUUUUUGAUGAUCAAAUUCCAUCACAUAUUAAGCGAAAAAUGGUGGAAGCAAUUACUAGCGAUAACCAGAAAGAAGAUGCUGUUCCAAAGAGAGUUGUUGCAACAAUGUCAGAAAUAACGCUUUACGGCAGCAAGAAUAUACAUGAUUUUAUUUCAUCAAGAACUGAAACAUUCUUUACCCGCUUAGG